UACUCAUUCACUGCUGGUUGCAAAAAAUUGUAGAACAAAUUAAAAACGCAAUAACAGAAUCGCUGCAGCAAAUGCAGUAGAACUAGUGGAGAGCAGCGCUUAGAAACCCAAAACAAAAGCAAUUAACCGUGUUCAACGUAGAAAAUAGAUUGUGAAAGUGGGUGUAGCAUUUGGGCAAAGUGUUUGUGUUUGUUUUUUUUCAUUGUAAAUUUUGUUUGUUGCUUGGAUUUUCCGAUUUGAUGGUAAAAGGGAGGCAUCGAGGCAGGGGCGAACCCAAGUGAUUUUCCAUUAUAAUCAUCGAGUGGAAGGGGAAUUCCAAUCGACAUGUCGCUAAUAGCGGCACUGGCUUUCUACGCUCUCCUGCAGACAGUCACCUGUUACACGGUCUCAAUUACGGCCCCCGAUCAGGCCCUCAUCGGAUCCUCUAUCAAUGUAUCCGCCCAGCUCUACGAUAAUGGCAGACCGGCUGGAAAGGGCUCCUACAAGUUCACCUGGAGCGACAGUGCUGGCAAUCGAGAGGUGAUAGAGACUACCAAUGCCACCAGCCAUUGGACUGUGAUCUACAAUCAGGAGCAAGCAGCUACGCAUGUCCUUAAAGUCGAAGUGGAUAAGUACUUCAUUAUUUGGGUAAAUGAGGCCGUGGCCCGAAGGGAAAUAAAGCUUGAUAACUUGCUGGGCGGCAGAUUGGAACUGAUUCAGAACAAUGUGACGCGGCCGCAUGAGUUUGUGUCCACGCAGGAGGCGGUGAAUCAUAGCAUACUGCUUUCCGAUGUGGAUCUUGCAUUUCUGCGGGCGAAGGGAUAUCACAUUCAGACGUAUUGGUUUCAAAACUGCACAUAUCUGGGCAUGUCCAGUGCCCUGGACUAUCAGGCCACAUAUCCGAAAGCUGAGCAAUACUACGACGUGGAGGCUUUAGUGGUGGCCACACUGGAGCUGCCGCCUGAGCCAACGCCCUCAACCACGACGACAACAACCACUACCACUACAACUACCACGACAACAACAACCACAACUACAACUCCCGCCACAACAACAACUUCAACAACACCUGCCACAACCACCACUCCAAAAACUACAACAACAUCAACAACUACGACAACCACUACUCCAAAGCCAGCAGCUCGAGCCAAACGUGAUUUAAUCCAGGCCAUGCACGCCAACGCCGCUCUACUUGGUCUAAACCUAACCAGCGCCUUGAAGCAGCAAAAGAAUUCCGAUGGGAAUGUGUCCGUGGCACUUGUCAAUCCCCUGGGAGUUCGCCGGCUGUCCAAGCUCACUGUGGUGCCCGGUAUUCAACCGCCAUUCGAUUGCGUGAGCAAAAAGUUUGUAGCCCAGGAUCCAAAACAGAUAUACGGCUACUUCCAGCACCGCAUUGUAUCCAAAGAUCCCGUUACUGGUUUCGGCACCACGGGCAAGAAUUGGCUGCAGCACUGGGAGAUGCUUCAGCUCAAUGUCAACUGCAAGGGAUCGCCACCAUUUGAGCUUUGUACGCAAGUUUUUACUGCGCCCUACAAUUCCACGGGUAAUGAGACAUGCGACCGAUAUGAACUACUCGAGAAUUGUUCAUAUGAAUACAUGCGUUACUUUAGCGAAAGCAAGACCAUUCUUUUCUUCAUACGCAAUGAGGUUUCCCAGACACUCAAUCAGGUUACCAUAAACAUGUAUGAAGCCCAACGUCAAUCUCAGCUUUCAGUCGUAGUUGUGCCCGUAACCUGCACAUUGGUGGCUGUAAUUCUAGUUGUUUUCGGCGUGGCCUAUUAUAUUCAGCGGGGAAAUCGCUUCAAUGUUGAAGUGGCCGAUUUCAAUUUCGGUGAUACUCAGUCGGUCGACAUGGAGUACAAGACAUUCCCGCAGCGCCUGGUCGACAGCAUCCGUGAUGCUUGGACGUGGCCGGGUCAGCGGCGUCACUCGCAGUCCAGCGCAGAUCUCAUGGCGGACCAGCCGCCCAGUCCGGGCUUUGGCGGCAAUGUGGGCGAUGUCGAUAGCAACUUGCGCUAUAACACUUUCAACUAGGUCCUUGAGGCUUUCUGUUGGAAUAUUGUUACCUAUGCAAAUUAACCGUUUUAAUUUAAUUUCGGCGCCUAAGUUACGAAGCCCUGCUCGCAAUUUUUUUCAAAUUUGGUAAAAUCGCAAUCGAUUUGUGAAACUUGCUUGUUCUAAACCCAAAUCAUGGUUUGAAAUCCCAGGCAGCUUUUCCAUAAAAUUUGAUCGAACUCGAAAGCGGGAUCAGGUGUGAUAGUUAUUUGUUAUUAUUUGUACGUGCACUUUUAUGUGCUUUAGUCAUUUUCUCGUUGUACAUUAGCACCUUGGGGUUACCACCCCAUAUGUACACGAACAGAGAUGAUAGAAUCUUUUAUAUUUUUCCAAUACUUUAUCUCUCCUUACGUUAUCAUUUAAAUCAUCUCUGUCCAACAUUUACGCACAUACUUGCUCAUCAAUGGCCAAAUGUCAAGUAACAAGCAAACAUUUAAAUCGAAAUAUCGGGUUUGCAGCAGGGUUCGGGAACCCAACUGCAGAUCCGUUCGGAUAUUGUUAAAGACUGUCUUUGUUCUAAAAGCAAAAAAUAAAUCUGGUAAAAAUUACACUUAACUUAUGCGUGACGAGGUCUUAGUGACGAGUUAAAUGUUAGCAUAAGUCAAUUUGAUUAUUUCCAUUGUAUCGUGAUCAAAAUUUUUUGACAAAGACAAACUCAUCCUCACUAAAACUCAUGCGACACAAAUAUUCAUUGUGAUAGAUAUAGAACAAACAGUAUGUACGUUUAGCUAAAACGAAAAGUUUAAAGAAAAACAAUACAAUUAUAAAGCUAAA